AACCUCAGGCUCAGACUCAUUGACGGUUUAUAUAUUCACAUCGUAAAGCCCUACAUGUCCUACUUCAGCUCUCACAGACCAAUAUACUUUUCGGACCCCGUAAGAAUCGGAGACAGGGAAUCCGUCAUUUUCGUGGUUUGGUUCGGAUUUUUUUAGCAAUGGCGGAUGAAUCGGAGAGUAAGCAGUCGGCUGUGGAGUCGGUGAUGGAAAAGAUCAGUGAGAAGAUUCACUCCCACGAUUCAACAUCGGAUUCGGACUCGGAUCAUGAGAAACCGAAUUCCGAUUCGACCGUCCAGUCUAAGAUUUUUCGGUUGUUUGGAAGAGAGAAGCCAGUUCAUCAUGUUCUUGGCGGUGGAAAACCUGCUGACGUAUUCUUGUGGAGGAACAAGAAGAUUUCAGCAGGUGUACUCGGUGGAGCAACUGCAAUUUGGGUCCUUUUUGAACUUAUUGAAUACCACCUACUUACUUUAAUCUGUCACGUUUCGAUACUCUGUCUUGCACUAAUGUCCUUGUGGUCCAAUGCUCAUACCUUCAUCCACAAGACUCCACCUCACAUCCCUGAAGUUCAUUUACCAGAAGAGCCGUUUGUCCAAGUUGCCUCUGCUAUGACGAUUGGAAUUAACCGGGCAUUCAAGCUGCUGCAAGAUAUUGCAUCUGGAAGAAAUCUGAAGGAGUUUCUUAUGGUUAUAGCUGCAUGUUGGGUUCUGUCAAUUGUGGGGAGUUGGUGCCACUUCUUGACCUUGUUCUAUAUAUCUUUCGUGUUGCUGCAUACGGUGCCCGUGUUUUAUGAGAAGUAUGAAGACAAAUUUGACCCGUUUGCAGAGAAGGCAAUGAUCGAGAUUAAAAAGCAAUAUGCAGUUUUUGAUGCCAAGGUUUUGAGUAGAAUUCCAAAGGGUCCUUUGAAGACCAAGAAGGUUUAGACAAACAUUUGGCUACUUGGUUUCCAGGGUAUUGUUUGUGUGCUCAAAUCACAUGAGGUAGAGGCAUUUCUUCCUCAAUCAAACUUUUACUAAUGU